CUCUCUUUGUCUCUCUCUCUCUAUAUGAACUGUCGUGUGCUGGGACUAUAACAGCUUCCUUUUAAACCUAACUCAUAUAUCCAGACCUCUUCUCUCUUUCAACAGUGGCCAAAGUGUGUUGUUUUAUUUUUAAUUCCUAGAUGUGAAUUAACAAGGCAUGUCGCCUCGCCUGAGGACCAUCUCCUCUCUUCUCUCCUCGUCACCAUCACCAUCACCAUCGUCACCAUCGCCUUUCGUCAAUCGUCAUUCUUCCAGAAGAAGCAGAGAAUAUGUCUGCGCAGCAGCAUUCUUCUCGACUACGGCACCAGCAUACGCUGAGCCCAAUUACUACGAGAUUCUCAAUGUCCCCGUGACCGCAUCCACGGCGGAGAUCAAAAAACAAUUCUACGCCCUUUCCCUCACACACCAUCCCGAUCGCAAUCGCGACGAUCCCAACGCAACCGCCCGCUUCGCCAACAUCUCCUCCGCCUACAACGUUCUCGGAAACAGCAGUAAACGCGCCCGCUAUGAUCGCGACCACGGCAUCAUAGCGCACAAUACCUCCUCGACGCAUAGCACCGCCACUCCCGGCCAACACCCCAUGGGCUCGCACAGUAGUCAUGGAUCGAGUCUGCAUAAGUCAUACGUCGGAUCGCGACCUGCCAGCGGGCUGAGCAAGCGACGAGGUCCGUUCAGGGGUCCCCCGCCGAGUUUCUACGCUCAUGGAGGGUAUGGCAGAACGGGGAGGACGGGGGCUGGAGCUGGCGCGUCGUCGUCGUCGUCUUCUGCAGCGAGAGGUGGCGCGGGCGCUACUUCCAGCGAAGAAGAUCCGACGUCGUUUAUUAAUCAGAAUCCGGUGCAUCAUUUCAAUGCUAGGAGCCAUUUCCGUACACAGUCGGCAGAGGACGAACGGCGGCAGCGCCGACGGAUGCGGGAUUUGGGAUUGGAUGUGAAUCAGAAUAUAGGUGGGAGUCUCUUGUUAAGGUUUCUUGCUGUCUGUGGCAUCCUUGCGGGAGCAGGAAUGACGGCCGGGAUGUUCGGUAUCGGAGGCGGUUCUGGUUCGAAGAAGGUAGCCAGAAAGAAAGAGGAUUAAUUCUUUUUUUUUUUUUUUAUGUUGGCUUCCUUGUCGUGUGGACGGAUGUCUUGCGGCCCUUGGCGAAUUGCAAUAAGGGUGCAUACUUUUGAUCUUAUUCACUGUACAUA